AUGAAUGUGACCAAGAGAAAGGGUAAGACAUGUGGAUGUGGUUUUCCUGUAGUUCAAAGAACUUCAUGGAUCCAUGAGAAUCCUGGACGAAAAUUCUUGGGCUGCAAGUUCUAUGAUUUCGCGACUGGGAAGGCUCGUUGUGAUGCGUUCGAUUGGGUGGAUGAAGAAAUUUUGGAAUGGCAGAAGGAUGUGACUAAUGUACUCAUUGCUGAGAAAAAACGAUUGAUUGGUGAAGUGAAAACCCUCGAGGCAAGGAUUGAUUGUAUUCAACGUGAUAAUAACCGGGUGCACGAGGAGCAUGGGAAGAUGAAGGUUAAGUAUGAGAAGAUGAAGAAGAUGACAGAAGGUGGUGUAAAGGAAGGGAUUAGGAAUGAUAAUUUGUUAGUUAUGAUAUGUGUUUGUGCUAUCGUUUCAAUUAUCGUUAGUGCAAUGUACGUUAAGGUUGUUGGUUAA